AUGGAGAGAGUCCAUAUCCAACCUUUUCUCCUCCCCCUUCUUUUGUUCUUCUUCCUCUCCUUUUUGGAGGCCGGAGCACAGAGCGAAGCACAAGCUCUCCUCAAAUGGAAGUCCAGCUUGUUUCAGGCAGAUGCUCUGAGCUCAUGGUCCCUUGCCAACUCUACCAGCCCAUGCAGAUGGUUUGGUGUUCGCUGCAACUCCGCAGGCAGCAUCGUGCAGCUAAGCUUACCCAAUGCCAACCUCGACGGCACCCUCGAUGAAUUAGAUUUUGCUUCUCUGCCCAGCCUCACCAAGCUCGACCUCAAUACCAACCUCCUCAACGGCUCCAUUCCUUCAAACAUCUCUGCUCUCUCCAACCUCACCUCUUUAGACCUCAGCAGCAACUAUCUCGCUGGGCCGAUCCCAUAUCAGCUCAGCAAUCUCCAAAAGGUACGCCACUUUGAUCUUGGAGCCAAUUACUUGGAGAACCCAGACUACACCAAGUUCAGCCCGCUGCCUUCGGUGACAUACUUGUCUCUCUGCGUCAACAGUCUGACAGGGAAAUUCCCACCAUUCGUACUCAACUGCACCAAUUUAACGUACCUUGACCUCUCGCAGAACAACCUGACGGGUAAAAUACCCGACUCGUUGUCGACCAAUCUAGUUUAUCUCGAGUCCCUGGAUCUUACCGCUAACUUCUUUAAAGGAGUCAUUCCCGUUUCCCUCGCGAAUUUGCCGAGGCUUCAAAACCUUCAUCUUGGACUGAACAAUCUCACCGGAGGGAUCCCGCCCAUCCUCGGGUCCAUCUCCGGCCUUCGAAUACUCGAACUCUAUAACAAUUCACUUGGUGGACCGAUCCCUUCUUCUCUAGGACAGCUCCGGAUGCUUGAGCGCAUCGAUAUCAAAGCAGCAGCAUUGAACUCCACUAUUCCUCCGGAGCUCGGCCUGUGUACUAAUCUCACCUACCUUGAGCUGUCCCUCAAUCAACUCACAGGUGGCCUGCCACAAUCCUUCUCGGAGCUAACCAAAAUGAGCGAGUUCGGGAUCUCGAGCAAUUUGCUCUCUGGCGAGAUCUCGCCGGACUUCUUCACAAAUUGGACGCAGCUUAUUUCCUUUCAGAUACAGAACAACAAGUUCGUUGGGCGAAUCCCACCGGAGAUUAGAUCGGCCACAAAGCUGCAAAUCCUAUACCUCUACAACAACACCCUAUCAGGUCCAAUCCCUCCAGAGAUUGGGAGGUUGGCCGACUUGCUGCAAUUGGAUCUGUCGGCAAAUUUUCUUAGCGGUCCAAUCCCCAGAACAAUAGAAAACCUCACACAGCUCACUGCCCUGGCCCUCUUCUACAACAACCUGAACGGCGCAAUCCCAGCAGAGAUCGGAAACAUGACGGCACUGGCUACUCUAGACUUCACCACCAACCACUUGGAGGGGGAGCUGCCGGCCACCAUUGCUCAGCUUCCAAAUCUUAAGCUCUUAUUAGUCUGCGACAAUUCCCUCUCUGGGCCGGUUCCAUCAGAGUUAGGUGAUGCUGCCGUGCUCAAUACUCUUGAUCUUUCAAAAAACAAACUCACUGGUCCGAUACCAACCAAGCUUGGUAAUCUUGCCCGGCUCCAAUCACUGCACUUGAACAACAACAGUUUGAUUGGAGAAAUACCUUCUUCAUUGAAGAACUGCACGCAGCUGGUCGUUUUGGACCUCGAGGACAAUAGAAUCUCUGGAAAUAUUCCAAAAUGGUUAGGAGAGAAACUUUCAUCAUUAAGGGUCCUCAAUCUAAGAUCGAAUAUGUUAAGCGAUAGCAUUCCUCCUCAGCUAUCACUCCUGUCUUCGCUUCAGCUCUUAGACCUUGCACACAAUAAUAUCUCUGGAAGGAUCCCGCAGAGUUUGGGCAAUCUCACCGCGAUGGCAGAAGGCAUUCAAGAAAGGGCAAAAACAAUGAACUCCAAGCACCCCUUUUACUACAAAGAGAGCAUUUCCAUAGUUUGGAAACAAAGAGAGACUGUUUUCCAAAAAACGCUUUCAUCAGUUGCUGGAAUCGAUCUUUCCGGGAUAAUCUCCGUCAUGCGAUCCCUACAGAGCUAA